AUGGAGUCGGCCCACCUCAAGACCACCAUCGUGGAUGGCAUCAUCGGGCCGAACGUCCUCUAUGUUGUCAAUCCGGAGAAGAUCAACACGGAUGACGUCCUGGUCAUUCGCAAGCGCAUGUCCUCGCCGAUGACGACGCCGGUGGCCGAGGGGACGCUGCAGCUGAUGGCCGGCAUGCGCGUCACCGCGAACGUCUGGGGACCUUCGACCCCGGGCGUGGGCAAGUUCCUGGCGCACCUCCAGGAGAUGUGCGGCGCGCGGGUGGACCCGCACGCGAACCCGAUGGUGUCCACAGUGGGCCUCUCGGCCAUCGCCUCGCUUUGGUUCUCGCUCAUCGCCAGGGGUGGCGCCGACAUCCUCAUGUGUUCGACCGCCUACGGGGGCACAGUGCAGAUGACCGACAUCUUCGACAAGACGGCGGCCAGGUUCCAGAAGCACAGCUUCCACAUCCAGGGCAGCGCGGGCGUCGUGCCGAGCAUCCGGGCGGAGCUGGCCAGGCUCGCGGAGGCGCGCGACCAGCUGCUGCCCACCACCGUCGUGUUCCUCGAGAUCCCCACGAAUCCAGACAUGAAGGUCCCGGACAUCCCCGAGCUCGCGGCGCUGUGCUCGGAGCACCAGCGGGCGUCGGGGAGGCAGAUGCUGCUGCUGGUGGACGCCACCUUCGCGCCAGGGUCGCGGGUCCUGCGCAAGAUACGAGACGCAGCGCCGGACCUCUGCGCCAUGGUCUUCAUCAGCAUGUCCAAGAGCGUCUCCCGAGGGCUGACGACGGCCGGCACGGUGGUGGCGAACCACACCGAGGAGGCCCGGGAUAUUCUGCGAGGCUGUCACGAGGCCUCCGCGAUGCUGGACAUCAACGCCAAACCGGACCAGAUGGCCCGCCUGGUGGAGAACCACGCGGAGACCGAGCAGAGGUGCCAGCAGGCGUACAACGUGGCCGCGGCAGUCGGAGAACAGCUGCGUCAAGCCGUCCGCGACAUCACGGGGCAGGACAUGCCGCUGGCCUUCGUCACCCCGGAGCAGGCGGGAGCCGGCUUCACCACGUCGACGUUCUCCUUCAACCUGCCGCCCGUCCCCGGCGCUGGCGACGAGGUGAACGAAACUCUGGCGCAGAGAUACGUGGACCUCCUCACCGCCGACGCCAAGUUCAAGCCCUGCGUGAGCUUCGGGCAAGACAACGGCCUCGUGUACGCCACCGUGCCCGCGACGUCCACCCAGGGAGCCGUGCGGGCGGAGGAUAAGGCGAAGCAGGCCGUCGGCGGAGUGCAGCUGACCCGACUCUCGUUUCCUCCAGCCUGCGACAUGGAGGGCAUCUGCCGCGUUCUGAGGCAGGCCCUUGCAGAGGUGUACGCGUGA